AUGGCCAGACCAACAUGCUGCUGUUGCAUCAGCCUAAGAACAGGUGCGCUUAUUGUGGCCGCCCUAUGCGUCAUCGGUGAUGGGCUUAGCUUGCUUUUCAGCGUAUUCUCGCAUUGGGAGAGCCCCGUUGGAGAUCCGAUUCCAUUCCUCGGCCACCUUUUAAAAGUGCUAUACAUGUGCCUCGCCGUUUGCUUAUCGGUCGUGGGCUUCAUUGGAGCUCGCAAGCGCAAUGCCAAGCUAUUACAGAUCUUCACCAUCUUCCUCAUCUUUGACUUUUUGUUGAACUUGGCUGUUCUCAUCAUUGGGGUAGCAAUGGCCGAAGACAUCUUUAAAGAUAUCAUUUGCCCGAAUGAAGACGUAACCACGCUUGAUGGUAAUGAUCAAUGCAUACCAAAUGCUACCUUUAUCUGGAUUGCUGUCAUUUCCUUACUGGUGGGAUUCUCACUUCACUUGUAUUGUAUUUACGUUAUUUAUCGUUACACAUCCAUGGUCACAUGGUGUGAGAGCGAAGAGUCCCAAGCCCUAUUACUGCCAUCCGACGAGCAAGAACAUACAACGAAGGGGUUGUCGAAAAAGAUUGACCGCUUUUUCAUUAAGAAAGCUGAAUCAUCGGAAACAGCAUAA